UCUACCAUUGCAGAUUUGCUUUCAAGAGGGCAAAAUUAAAUUACAUUCCGUAUAGUUGAGACCACAUUUCGCAAUUAAACCAGUAAUCAUCUAAUUUUAUUGAAUUAGCGACUAGUAAGUUUUGCCAUUGUAACGGAAAUAACUGUGUCAGUUUCUUUACUUACUUCGACGUGCUGGGCUACAAUGAAAGAAAUACUGUACUUCUAUAGCGCACACGGGUUGCAUAUUUAAAUCUGGAAAGAAUACUUCGAAUUCAGCCUGUCCUUAGAAGCUAAGCUCUGCUUGCAUAAAACCUGAAAAGUUUCUACACUGCUACCGGUAUAUCCAUUUUACUAUGGCACGAGUUACGCGCAUUGCGAUUGUUCUUCCGCUAAUGUUUGUGUUAGUUUCUAUCGCGGUAAGCAUGCCCCGCGCCGAUUCAGCCCCACGAGUACCACAACAACGUAACGCCUUCUACCUGGGUGAACCUUGUGAGGAGCCCAACCGGAAGUGUCUACCGAAACGUAGUCAGUGCACGAAUAAUCGGUGUCAGUGCAAACCCAACUACGCUAGUGCCGGAGCCAACCACUGCAAAGCGCAGCCUGGUACUGUUGUACGCACUUCGGAAUGCUCCAAUGAUACAGACUGCUCUAAUCACCUAAACGCGCAGUGCGUGUUAAGUCCCGGUUCGCAGGAUGGUUUUUGCUCAUGCCGGUACGGCGAAAUCUCCCCUUCUUCGUGUCGUGCGAGUAAUGAUAACGUUGACUGCGUGACAUCCGAUGACUGCACGGGCGGCCAAGAGUGCAUGCCAUUGCCCACCGAAGCCGAAAGCAGCAGCAUGACCUGUCGGUGCCUAUUGCAAACCGAUAUCCUCCACAACGGAACCUGCGCCAACCCAAGCAAUCCUUUGAGUUGCAACUCAGCCACACCCUGCCCCGUUCUGGCCGACGGGGGCUACUCCUACUGCCAAGAGGGAGGCACCUGCCAGUGCCUGCAGUCCACCAACAACGUCCCCGGCAAGUAUGUCAACGUCGCUGGCAACGUCACUUGCCAAGGCAAAGGCAACGCAGAUCGCUGUUCGGCGGCGUCAGAGUGUCCAACGGCUGAUGGACUGACUUGCUACAAUGGCUUCUGUUCUUGUCUGCCCUAUCACCGCCCCAACACUACCAGGCCAGGCGGCCCGCCCAGCCUACCUACCGGCUGCCCCAUUGCCUGCACCCCCUGCCUGCCACCCACCUUCCUACUUACUGUCCCACCUGGCACUCCUUGCCUUGCCUGCAUUGCUUGCUGCCUCCUCAUGCAGCCCACCUACCCCUGGCCCCUACCUCUGCUUGCCUGCCUUCUGCAUCCCUUACCUGCUCUACUAUGCUCUUUAGCACCAACUUCAUGCAUAAUCCACUUAUAG